CUCUGCUCAGUGGAGAGGCAAAAUGGCCACGGCUAGGGGCGGCUUUGAGGCUGACCCGGGAAGUCGGGGUCUUUUUCGCCUUCUGUGUUUCUCCGUACUACUGGCAGGUUUGUGUAGGGGAAACUCAGUGGAGAGGAAGAUCUACAUUCCCUUAAAUAAAACAGCUCCCUGUGUCCGUCUGCUCAAUGCCACUCAUCAGAUUGGCUGCCAAUCUUCAAUUAGUGGGGACACAGGAGUUAUCCACGUAGUAGAGAAAACAGAAGACCUGCAGUGGGUCUUGACAGAUGGCCCCAACCCCCCUUACAUGGUUCUGCUGGAGGGGAAGCUCUUUAACAGGGAAAUAAUGGAAAAGCUGAAAGGAAGAACCAGCCGUAUUGCUGGUCUUGCAGUGACUUUGGAUAAGUCCAAUUCCACCUUAGGCUUCUCUCCUAGUGUGCAGUGUCCAAAUGAUGGGUUUGGUGUUUAUUCCAACUCCUACGGGUCAGAGUUUGCUCAUUGCAAAGAAACACUGUGGAACUCUGUGGGCAAUGGCUUGGCUUAUGAAGACUUUAGUUUCCCCAUCUUUCUUCUUGAAGAUGAAAAUGAAACUAAGGUCAUUAAGCAGUGCUAUCAAGAUCACAACCUGAGUCUGAAUGGUUCAGCACCAACCUUCCCACUGUGUGCUAUGCAGCUCUUCUCACACAUGCAUGCUGUCAUCAGCACCGCUACCUGCAUGCGGCGUAGCUUCAUCCAGAGCACCUUCAGCAUCAACCCAGAAAUCGUCUGUGACCCCCUAUCUGACUACAAUGUAUGGAGCAUGCUUAAACCUGUCAAUACAUCUGGAACAUUAGAGCCUGAUGACAGGGUUAUAGUUGCUGCUACCCGGGUGACUGGACAGCCGUUCCUUUUCUGGAAUGUGGCCCCAGGGGCUGAAAGUGCAGUUGCCUCCUUCAUCACCCUGCUGGCUGCAGCUGAAGCUUUGCACAAGGCACCUGAUGUAUCCACCCUGCCCCGCAAUGUCAUGUUUGUCUUCUUCCAAGGGGAAACUUUCGACUACAUUGGCAGCUCGAGAAUGGUCUACGAUAUGGAAAAGGGCAAGUUUCCUGUGCGGUUAGAGAACAUUGACUCAUUCGUGGAGCUAGGACAGGUGGCCUUAAGAACUUCACUAGAUCUCUGGAUGUACACAGAUCCCAUGUCUCAGAAAAAUGAGUCUGUACAGAACCAGGUGGAAGACCUCCUAGCCACACUGGAGAGGAGUGGUGUUGGUGUCCCUACUGUUGUCCUCAAGAGACUGAAUCAGUCCUGGGCCCUCCCACCAUCUUCUCUGCAGCGAUUUCUCCGAGCUCGAAACAUCUCUGGUGUCGUUCUGGCUGACCACUUUGGUUCCUUCAAUAACCGCUAUUACCAGAGCAUUUACGACACUGCUGAAAACAUUAAUGUGAGCUAUCCUGAAUGGCUGAGCCCUGAAGAGGACCUGGACUUUGUGACAGACACUGCCAAGGCCCUGGCGGAUGUGGCCACAGUGUUGGGACGUGCACUAUACGAGCUUGCAGGAGGAACCAACUUCAACCACACAGUUCAGGCUGAUCCCCACACAGUUACUCGCCUGCUCUAUGGUUUCCUUGUUAGAGCCAACAACUCAUGGUUCCAGUCUAUUCUCAGACAGGACCUAAGGUCCUACUUGGGCGAUGGGCCUCUUCAACAUUACAUCGCCGUCUCCAGCCCCACCAACACCACUUAUGUUGUGCAGUAUGCCUUGGCAAAUUUGACUGGCAAGGUGAUCGACCUCACCCGAGAGCAGUGCCAGGAUCCAAGUAAAGUCCCAAAUGAAAACAAGGAUCUGUAUGAGUACUCAUGGGUGCAGGGCCCUUUGAAUUCCAACGAGACAGACCGGCUUCCACGGUGCGUGCGUUCUACAGCACGACUGGCCAGGGCCUUGUCUCCUGCCUUCGAACUGAGUCAGUGGAGCUCCACUGAAUAUUCUACAUGGACUGAGAGCCGCUGGAAAGAUAUCCGUGCCCGGAUAUUCCUAAUUGCCAGCAAAGAGCUUGAGUUUAUCACCCUGAUGGUGGGCUUCGGCAUCCUGGUCUUCUCUCUCAUCGUUACCUACUGCAUCAACGCCAAAGCUGAUGUCCUUUUCAUCACUCCCCGAGAGCCAGGAGCUGUGUCUUACUGAGGAGGACUCCAUCUCUCCCUGCCAGCUCUGUAUUUCACUUCCUGGAGCAGUUGUCCUACUGGGAUCAGACUGCUAAUUUGUCACUGGAAUCUUUCUGGGCCUGUCUCAGACUGGGAUUAGUGUAAAGGAGUAGAACUGUCUGAGACAGGGAGAGGUAAACAGAUUGCCUCCCCAGCUCAGCUCCCUCUUCCCCAUUUCUUCCUCCUUCCCUACCACUGCAAGUUUCCGGGAUUAUGAUAGAAGCUUCCUGCUCCUUUUCACUCCCGAGUUGUCCACCCUUGUUUGCCCUUCCUCAGAAUUCCUCUUCAUUUUCACCCUGCCCUGUACCCCCUCUGCUCCCACUGUCACCCAACCCCCACCCCCAUACCCAAUCACCUACUGGACCAGGAUGAAGGACAUGAAGGGUUGAGCGUCAGGAUCUUACUACAGUGAACCCAUGAGGAGAAGAACAGGUUCUCUGGGCUGAGCCUGCUGUCUGCUUCCCACUGUCCUUUCUCCGAGUCCUCAGAUGGCACAUUAGGAUGGGCAUGCUGCCGGGUGGGUAUCCCACCUCUAGCCCACAGUGCUCUGUUGUACUUUUUAUUAAGCUGUAAUAUCUAUUUUUGUUGGGUCCCCCCUUUUUUGUAAAUAUAUAAAUAGUGAGUUUCAU